ACUCCAUCCGCCAACGCUCUCCGGCGCCAACCCUUAGAGGCAAAAGGUUGCGACUGUCGCAUUCCCUCGUGUCACAUUUCCUAGUGCGACGCGGAUCCUCGCGAGCGGCCGUGCCGCAAUGGUGACAAGCGCGAGUCCAGCUACUAGAAGUUCCACCGGGCUCGCGUUCGUGUUCGACGCGCACUCGCUGCGAUGGCGGGCUGCCACCAAUUUGCUGCCGUGCGGGGAGACGCGUGCAGAAGUGGAGCGCCCAGUGGCGCGGGUAUCCCUUGAGUCAACUCACAAUCCAAGGGCCUCUGACCCUCGUUCCCCCUCCGACUCGUCUUCGUCAUCAACGCUACAAUCGCCGCCUGCAAUCGGCGCAGCAGUGCAAGCACCAAUAGCGGCAGAAGCAACACCAGCAGCAGCAGCACCAGCAGAAGCGUCGGAAGCAGCAGCAGGGGACGCGGCAGCAGAUGGGCGGCGGCGAGCAGGUCCCUUCCUGGGCGACGAGCUGCUGGGCAUGGAGCAGCUGACGGGCGUGGUGCGGGGCACCCUUCGCUUCUGCUGCUCCGAUGACUCCCACUGGCCCCACGGCGACGGCUCGUUCCUAUCCUCGAACGACCGCUGCGAGAUCCGAGGCCUCUGGGACCCCACGGACUUUCAUAUGCGUUUAGAGCAGCUGCUGACACGAAACCAGAAGCACGUUACGGUGACGUCCCUGCACAUCCCCGUGACUCUCGCCUCUCACCGGGAGCUGAUGCGGGUCAUCUGGCAGUCGUGCGCAAGCCUGCGGUCGCUGUGCCUCCAGGCGCAGCCAGAGCGCGGGUGGUGUCCGUUGCACGAGGAUUUGAAGGAGCCCAGGGAUUGGGGAUGGAAGAAGGCAGCUCAGCUGGAACAGGCGAACGGGGAGGUGGAGAGAGGGCUGUUUGCGGUGGUGAAGAGGUGCCGGGGACUGCAGCAGCUGCACGUACAGGGGGAGAAUCUUGCCAACAGACUCAAACUCCCUGCCAACCUCUUCCACCACUGCCCGCACCUCACUGCUCUCUCCCUCCCCCUCUCCAGCCUCCCCUCCUCCCUCCUCCUCCUCUCUCGCCUCACUUCCCUCUCCCUUGCGCUCCCUGCAGACCACAUGCCGCCCCAGUUCGCCCACUCUGCCCCCUUGGCCCACCUGCGCUCGCUGCGCGCCCUCUCCCUGCACGUGCAACACAUCUCCAGCUUCCAGUGCACCCGCAUGGACGCCAGCAGUUGGAGCAGCGUCUCACCCCUCCUCCUGCUCCGACUGCCCUCCCUCUCCUCGCUCUCCCUCUCCCUCCCCACCGGCACCAUGCCUGAUUCCUUCUCCUGCCUCACUGCCCUCACUCGCCUGGAAACCAACCUGUGGAUCCCGGGGCUGGAGGAGGAGCAGGAGGAGGAGGAAGGGGAGGUAGAGGCAGAGGAAGACAGAAGUGUGGGGGAGGAGGAUGAAGUCGGUGGGGGUGACGGUGAUGAGGAGGGGGAUGGGGAGGACAAGGAGGAAGAAAAGGAGAAGCGAGGCGAUGGGUUACACCACACAGCCGGUCCCUCAAGGGUCACUGAUGAGGGACAACUACCUCUCUCUAACCUCACCUCCCUCUCUCUCUCCCACUACACAUCCUUCCCUCCGCUCAUCCGCCACCUCACCCACCUUACCUCCCUCUCCCUCCCAUGCGUCUACGCAUCAUACCACGACCAAUACUCCACCACCCCAUCGUGCUCCCUCCACCACGGCCUGUCUCGCCUCACUCGCCUGCAGGAGCUCUUCAUUGGCUGCAGCAGCCGCUGCGACCACCAUGACUCCGCCUGCCUCUGGGAAAUCUCUGGCUCCGCCUGCAUUCCCCGCUUGCCCCGUCUGCGCCGCGUGCGCGUGCAGCUGUCUGGAUACGGGAGUGACCCUCGGCUGACGCAGCUCACCUCGCUCACCACGCUGGUUGUGGACAACGCUGACUGCCGGGACUUGCUUGCGUGCCUCUCCGCCUUCUCCUCCCUGCGCACCCUCCGCCUCUCCAACCUCACCAGGGCUGCUCUGAGCCCUACCUCACCUGCCCCCCUCUCCUCGCCACCCUCCAGAUCUGCCGCUCCGACCUGCCCCACCUCCCAUCCUCACUGGCAAAAUUCGCCCGCCUCACUCGCCUGGACUUGCUGCACUGGCGCUGCCUGCACUCUCUCCCGACCUUCCUUUCAUCUUCACGUCGCUCCGGCAUUUCAGAUCGCAGUCACAGCAGUAGCAGCAUCCCUUUUACAUCUUCGGGCGUUCCCCUGCUCACCAACAGCAACAACAACAACAUCAUCAACAACCACAGCAAUCUCAGCAACAGCAACAGCAGCAACAACAUCAACAACAACAGCAGCAACAGCAACAACCUCAACAACAGGGCAUUAUUUUUCAACCACCGAAUUUACUUAACAGCACACAAAUCAAGACAACUAUACCUU